UUUUCGUGAAAUGAAGUGAUGAUUUUCUUUUCUUCUCCCGGGCUUUGUUCCCGCCGUGCACAGCCUAAAACGACGAACCACGAUCGAAACGGCGCGUUUUCUGUAAGCAUCCACCGCUCCCGCCGCGGAAGUUGCAGCGACCGAGAAGGUUCCCAAGUCGAGCCGAGCCGAGCCGAGCCGAGUCGAGCCGAGUCGCACCGCACGAGUCUCCGCCGUCCCGGGUCGCCGGCGCCGAUCGGGUUCACUCCGGCGACACGCGUUCUCCGAUGACUAUCCCGUAAAUAUGGCGGGGGACUCUUCACCGCGCCGGCAGCCGAACCCUAACUCUGGCCCCGCCGUCCCGAUCGACAACUCCAAGAAGAGGACGGCGGCGGCGGCGGCGGCGACGACGGCGACGAAGAGGAAGAGCGAGUUUGAGUUCUGCAAAGUCUGCAAGCUCAAUCACGAUCAAGGACAGCGUCACAAGUACUUACCGAACCACAAGAGAUCGCUUUCCGGGUACCUCGAUCGGUUCCGCUCCAAAUUGGGCGACGUCCGGUUCUUCCUCGACAACCCUAGCCUGCUCCGCCCCGAGCACGUUUCUCGAAACCGGUUCUGGUGCGUCUUCUGCGAUGUCGACGUCGAGGAGCUCGAUAGUUCGUUUGCCUGCGGGAAUGCAAUCAAUCACCUAGCGGGUGCAGAUCACCUAAAAAAUCUGAAGCAUUUUAUUUGGAAAUAUGGUGGUGCAAUGGACUGCCUCAACGAUUUCAGGAUUUUGGAUGACGAUGUAGCUAAGUGGGAGAAGAAAUGCGAAACAUUGAAGAAAGAAGCUGCAUUAUCUGGAGAAGGAUCACAUGGACCAACAUGUGGACUGUCAAAUGAUAUCCAAAAUGAACAGAACUAUGGGAUUGUCGAGAAUUUUAGAAAUAAUUCUGUAUAUCAUCCUCAUGAAAACUUUUUGAAUGCUGUUAUGCCUUUACAAUAUUUUACGAAUGAGUAUCAGAUAUCCCAUACUGGACCUAACGGGGUUCCAAACACUUGUGGUGCAUCUCACACUUCCACCUUUUCAUCGCCUGAGGUGUUACCCCAGAGAUCUAGUGGUUCAACAGGGAAUGGAAGUAUGUGGUGCUCCGGUGUCUAUCGAGAUUGUGACAAGAACUUUGUUUCCAAUGGUUUCAUUGGUGAUGGUGUUGGAGGGAUGAAGAAAGGAGACAGCAGCUAUCAAGGUCUGCAGCUGCUCACUGGGAUUUCUUCCUCAUCCCGAGGGGAUGUUCAAGGAAAUGUGCAUUCUGGAGCACCACCUCCUUGGUUGGAUGUUUCUGAACGAAGUCAGACAGACAAGCAGAGACAGCAGCCAUCAGUGAGCCUAAUUUCUCCUUCUAAUAAGCCACGAAAGUCCAAGUUAAACCCUAAAAGGGUGGGCGCUGCUUGGGCUGAAAGGAGAAAGAUUGAGAUGGAGAUGGAGAGAAGAGGAGAAAUCAUUAAGAGCUGCAAUGAUGUUGAAUGGCUUCCAAAUUUUGGCCGUGUUUGGCAGGCAGGCAGUCGAAAGGAAUCAAGAAAAGAAUUUGAGAUGGAGAAAAGAAAAUUGCCUAGUGUUGAAACUCAACCUGAGAUGCCAAUAGAUGUUCAGCCGUACAUCAGCAAGCGAAUGCGCAGAGAUGUAAGCAAAUGAGAUUUGGUUGAUCUUGGCAGUGUAAAUAUAUCUGCGAAGCUUCAGAUUAUGUUUGGUAUGUAUAGUUUUUGACCUAUUUGCAAGUUUUCAGUUAGACACACCCUUUCAUGGCUGCAGUAGUCUGGCAAAUUUUGGUUUGUGCCUGGGCAUUUGCGACUAUUUGUGUCAUUUCUCAUGAUCGAGGUGUCCAUGUUUUCACUAUGAAUAAUGGAAUUAUUGGAAUGACUUUUGAUGUAUUAUCAUGAGCUUAGGGCCAUAUUGCUCUUUCUAUUG